AUGACGACAGACAUUUCGGUCGACGGCGGCACUCCUAUGACGCUCAACCUUCAGUAUCAAGGGAACACCACCAACAACAUUCCUGAUAUUCGGAAAGCGAUAGGAGAAUCACGUCUCGUUGGUGUCCUCACAAACCUGGGGGAUGGGCAGCACACAGCCAAGGUAUCCAUGUCUCCGGGAGGCAGUGCGAUCAUCGUUGACAUGCUCAUCUAUACAUCGUCGACAGGCGUGUCCGCGGACGACCCCGCUUGUAAGAAAAAGUUGAAGGCAACAUUCAUUGGGAUCGGAGUCAUACUCUUUCUGCUCGAGAUCAUCGUCGCUUUCCUGCAGCUAAGCUCAGCUUCGGGCAUGGAGAUCGGCAUAGGCGCUCAAAGCCCCUUAAUAUCGUACUUCGGAAACUGGAACUUGGCAUAUUGGGGUCCAGAUGUGAAUGUCUCCAGCGUUCAGAUGGUUUCAUGGGACCCUCAAGCCUACGCGACAUUCUCGUUCAAUGGAACUGCACUUCGAAUCAAGGCGCCUUUAUGGCCCUACCUCGUGACAACCGCGGUCGCCAUCGACGGGGGCACGCCACAAGUCCUCGUCCUCCACCCGCGUCCAAAUAACCAAAACAAGACGGUGACACCAACAGGCGACUUUCAGGCCUUUCCCAGCCUUCAACCCGGACCUCAUACAGUCAAUGUCACGAUGAAUCCGGGAGACGGACAAGUCGUUGUCGAUACUUUUGUGUGCGUUUCUUCGCCGUCUCUUCCCUCGCGCUCAGCUUUUAUUGGACUGUCCCAGGUAUACAACAAGCGUCAACGACUCAUCAAUCGAUUCUCUGCUGUGGCUGCCUGA